UAACGACGGUGCGUGCGUCUUAACAUGGUCAUCGUUAUGGAUUGCCUCAAGGUCUUCAACCCGCUCGCACUUCUGGGAGUUUUUCUGCUCGUCUGCCCUCAUCGGCUUCGCGGCUCGCCCUGGGCCAAACAUAGCGUCCCACCCGCCUUGCCGUCUGGCGUCAUCGAAAUGGCCAAUUGAGUUUGAGGGUCCGGAUGGCGUCGCCAUCGCCUGAAGCCAAACUGGAGCUUGCAGCUUCAUCUCCACUUCCCCGGGUCCUGGAGCCUCGCCAGCAUUUGAAAGUCCGAAUCCCCAAGGCCAUGGAUCUUCUCGAUCCUUUUGCCCACAGGAUUCGUCCAGAAAUGGACCAGCAGAAGCCUUUGCGAUCCAGCUGCUCGCUGCUCGUGCGUGAGAACGAUCCAGACAUUCAAAUGUUAUCUGGAGGUGGCGGGGUGGAAAGAUGACGAAUGUCACGUGCUCGGAGCCUGCUGCGUCGGCCGUGCC